GCCCUGGUAACGUUUGACGUCAGUCCUGAUUUAGCUCGGCGCUGCUCUGGCCGUGUCUUGGACCGGUGUUAUUGGGAGGAAACCCCGUUGACUUCUCUCAUUCGGACAGGCUGGGAGUAUCAGCUGCACCUUGGUACGCUGACAUCUGCAAGAAUCCAGUGAGCAGUCAUGAGCGAAUCAUCUCAGAAGGAGCUGGUACAAAAGGCCAAGCUGGCCGAGCAGGCUGAACGUUACGAUGACAUGGCCGAGGCCAUGAAAGCUGUGACGGAGGAGGGCGAGGAGCUGACCAACGAGGAGCGCAACCUGCUGUCGGUGGCCUACAAGAACGUGGUGGGCGCCCGUCGCUCGUCUUGGCGUGUGGUGUCCAGCAUCGAGCAGAAAGCCGAUUCGAGCGAAGGGAAACAAGCCCGGGUCAAAGAGUACCGGGAAAAAAUCGAGAAAGAGCUGAAAGACAUCUGUAACGACGUUCUGGGUCUUUUGGACAAGUUCCUCAUCCCCAAAGCAAUGAUCCCAGAAAGCAAAGUAUUUUAUUUGAAAAUGAAAGGAGACUAUUUCCGCUAUCUGGCUGAGGUUGCAACAGGAGACGAGAAGACUGGCAUUAUAGAGAAUUCUAAGGAGGCGUACGGGAAGGCCUUUGAGAUCAGCAAAGAGGAAAUGUCACCCACACACCCGAUACGCCUCGGUCUAGCCCUCAAUUUCUCCGUCUUCUUCUAUGAGAUCCUCAAUUCUCCUGAAGAGGCUUGCAGUCUAGCCAAACAGGCUUUUGAUGAUGCCAUCGCUGAACUCGACACACUGAGCGAAGAUUCGUACAAAGACAGCACACUAAUCAUGCAGCUAUUGAGGGACAACUUGACGCUGUGGACUUCUGACAGCGCGGCUGAGAACGAGGAGCCCGAGGAGCCCAAAGAAUGAGCCUCACCCCCCCCCCUCCCUGUCAUCCCGUCUGCCUGACAUCGUCCAAAGUCCUCUUUUGGUUUUGUUUUUGAUCAGCACUUUGACCACCUCAUUCAUGACAUCCAGCUCAAUCCUUUUCUUUCUCCAUCCAUGUCUCUGCUCAUCUCACUCUACUGGGUUUGCUGUUUUUCUGCAGUAACUGCAAACAAACAGCGGGGGCGUUACAGUGUUGAUGGGAAGGUUCAUGUCUGUUUGUAUUUCUUGCUGACCUUUUCUGGGUUAAAUCAAGCUUUUUUUUUUUUUAGGUAUUCUAUUCUUGAGACGUGCAGCGAGUGGUUUUUAACACCAACAAUGAAUUCAGCGUGCGUGUAUCCUACUCUAUAAAGGGGCUGUUUGUAAGCAGCACCGUUACGACCAAUCAAACAGAAGCUGCCUGCUCACACCUGACUUGGCAGAAGAGGAAUUGCAGCGAAGGUAGACUCAGUGGUGACAUAAUGGGGAGCGCUGGUGAUGAAGGGCCAGAUUUUACACAGGUUACAUUCCAUAUAAUGUCGGUUAUCAACCAUCUACUGUCCUUUUUGUUUUUUUGUUGGGGGGGGCUGUUUUUGUACGUCUAUGUAUUCAUUACGAGGUUUAGAACAUUUAAAAAGACAAGAGCACAAGCUUGUACUGUUGCUGUUUUUUAUGAGCACCUCAGUAAGUAUGAAAAUCCCACUUUUUAUAUAAUUAAAAGGUCUUUGAAAAUGAGUUUCUUGUUUUCAAAAAUUGCAUAAAUCUGAUUAAAGGCUAGUCUGGAGAAGUCAGGCUGUUGUUGGAUGGUUAGCUUUGUCUGUCUUUGGAUUUUUUUUGUACUGACCACUUGAGCAUAACUGUUUUUUGGGGUAAUGCAUAAUUACAUUUAAGUGAAAUAAACCAUUUAAAAGGUU